AUGGUCAGGCCAUUAGGUUGCCCUUCCGAUGGAAAGUGCAGAAUAACACGAAUUACUAGAAAAUAUUGCCCCAAAUGUCGACUCGAAAAGUGUUUGGAGAUAGGAAUGAGACAGAAGUACAAUAGGAGAAAACAAUUGGCCGAUAAUAAUGCCGUGAAUAUGAAUGAAAUCAUAGAAAGUGAUUACAAUUUGACAAAUACCACAGAAUCUGAGACUUUACUACUGCAGUCAUGGAAUCGUAUAAUAAUUCCCGUAUUCAAUGAAAUGACAGACUAUAGCACUUUGAAUGAAUUAGAAAAUAAUCGCAUAUCAGAGUUAACCACUGCCACCAAUAUAUUCAACUACCCGUUAAAUCGUGUAGCCAAAGCUAGACUAGAGUAUCUUAUCAGGGAUACCAUCAAAUUUAGCAAAAGUCUCGUCUCAUUUGCAAACACCUGUCCUGAGGAUCAGUUAUCACUGAUAAAGCAUGGUUGCACUGAAAUGCUAAGCAUGCGAUUCUUGGCUUAUUAUAAUGUCGAUAAAGAAAUGUACUAUGUCAAUUUGGAUAACAAAACCACACUCCGGGUUAAAUUGGACCAAUUCCUGGCUGAAAUAUCGGCAGAAUUAAACAGCGACCCAAUAGUUAUGGAUUUGGCUUGAGCAACAAUUGUAUAUCUAUUUACUACAGAGAUAUUUACUAUUGAAAUAUCAAUCGCAACCUGAAUCACAAUUAAAACUGAAAAAGUUGAUGGACUUGUUGUCUGGUUUAAUUCAGACUUCAAAUAUGCGUAGAGCCGCACAUUAUUCAGAAAUGUUGGAAAGCCUACAAUAUUGCGGACCUCUUGUGAGAG